GGAAGUUCAAAAUGGCGAUUGUUUAUAAACAAAUAUGGAGUUUAUUACAUUGUGAAUAUCAAAUUAUUCAAAUUCAUUACAACGGUGUGUUUAACUGUGCGGUGUGAACUGAAUGUUAAUUUUUAUGCAGAAAUAUAAGCAAAUUACAAGUUAAACAAAUUACAGUUUGAUAAUCUAUAUCUUAACUUUAGAUUCUCUCCGGCCAAUCAAACAACUGCAUUGUCUGCAAGUUUUAACAUGUCACUGAUUCCCGAUAGAAGCCAUGAAAAGCUGUCACCCAACAUAUUUCCGUUUCUUCAUAUGACACAUUUGAUACAGUGCCAAUUCUUAAUAUAACGUUUUGUUUCUUUCAAAUCAGGUAUGUGAUUUAAUAAUCUUUAAUAUUGCCUCAGACUUCAUUUAAUUUAAAUUAGCCUGUCAAUCGUGAUCUGAUUAAUUAAAUAUUAUUAUAAUUAUAAGUUAGAUUAAUUUUAAUUACUAAUAGUCUAACUCUAAGUCGAACGAAUGGGCCUAAAUGCUAAUUAAUAUUAAUUAUACAUUUUCUUUGCCACAUUUCCCCCAAUCUGAACAUUAUGUGUGAUUUAUUAAUAAAUAUAUUUUUCCUCCUAUGGCUAUGGCUGUAGUGCAGGUCAUAUGCCUAUGUAUUAUUAAAUUAUUGCCUAUAUUCUAGAUUAUAAAUUUAAUUAAUUUGGGCCUAUUAAAUAAAAAAAAAACAAUAGUCCUGUGGCCUAAAAAAGAAAACAGCAUUAUUGGGCAUUACUGAAAUUUGGCCUCUUAAAGAUGUUUUUGAUUUUCAAUAUAAGAAAUGUUAGUUGUUUGUCCAUCGCAUGCAAAGAUGACCAAGACUAUAUUCAACAUUGAGUAUGCAGGUGGCUUGUCAGCAGUCAUCAUUGUACCUGGAAAGUUUUCCUGUACCUAGGACACAAAUGUUUUAGGGUCCUAGUUGGACUGGAGUUGAUUCUGCUUUUUUUCUGCGCUCCAACAGUGAGUCAGCCUCACCAGCUUGCAUGAUUCACAACCUGAAUUCAUGGGAAACACUUUAUGUUAUAUUAGAAAUAGGACUUGCAAAGUUCACAACUAAAAUUUUCAAGAAUGCUAAACAAAAUUCAAAUGUGCUUUCAACUAGUUUGUAUAACUAAUGACAUUUAUAACCAAAAUUAUAAGACUAGAGCCAGAGCCCUAAUCAGACUUUCAAAAUAAUUGUAUAUUAAAAAGUUAAAAGUGUCAUGGUGGCACCACUACAUUUAUGCAGAAAUUAACAUUUCAUAGGCCAAAUUUAAGCCAAUAAGAAAAAUUAAAUAAAGCAUGGUUCCUGUACAAUUAAAGAUUAAAAGUAACUUUAAGAAAAAUUAUUUUAUGUUUUGGUCAAAAUAAAUUUCAAUGCAUGUAAUUUUGUACUUAACUAUAUUUUUAUUUUUAAUAUUUUUUACAGUAAGAUAUGCAGUCAAAAUUUGUAACACUCAGCGUUUUAUUAUGUCCACCCCUAGUGAUUAACAUGUAAUAUAAUGGAGCUAGCUAAAUGUAGAAAGAGUGUUAUUAAGUUGUUUAAAUACAUCUUUGUCAAAUAUUUUUACAGUGGGUAACUAAAAUGGGAACACUUUAUGAGUGCCUUCGAGAAGCCAGACUUGAACAAUUCUAUCCAGCAUUUCGAGCGAAUGGCAUCACAAGAUCAGAAGCGCUUAUUAAUUUAGGAAUGCCGGAGUUUUGUGCCUUGGGAAUUACGGCUACUGAAGACAAACGUAGACUUGUAGAGCUUGUGAAUAUAAUUAAAUCUGUUCACCGUUCAGGGCUUUCAAGUAGUCCCAGUCCUCAAAGACAAAGUUUUAUUAAUAGACAUCGUCAGACAUCAUCUAUUUCAAACUCUACACCCGUUCAUAUUGAUAAUACUCAUUUGACUGGUAGAGGAGGCAGCCAAUCAAGAAUUUUAGUUGGUUCACAGUCUCACAGUAGAGGGACAGGUUUUCAAGCAUCUGGUACUUCAACAAAUUUGCGCCUGGAACCAUCAAGAGAUGUUGUAGUCCAAGACAGGGUUCCCAAUUUUUCUGUCUCAUCCUAUAUGGAUAUGCUUCAGUAUGUAACAGAAAGCAGUGAGUCUGAAGGUACUGAGGAAGAAUCAGAUGAUGGACAGCAAAUACCUCCAGUAGUCAAUAGAAUUGUUUCUUCUUCACCUACAAUAGGAAGAACAUCUAGGGGACCAAAUGUAGAACGUAUAAAGCAUUCACAAGUUAAAGGUUAUAAUUAUGGUGUUCAUAAAGUAAAAACUCCUACAAAAAGUAAAUCAUCACGCCAGGGAAUGCACAGACAUUUAGGGGAUGAAAAGAUUAAAGUAUGUGUUAGGAAAAGACCACUUACAAAAAAAGAGAUAAAAUUGAAAGAAGAAGACAUUGUUACAAUAGAGAGUACAACCACCCUAGUUGUCAAUGAACCUAAACUUGCAGUAGAUUUGAAAGCAUACACUUUGCAGGUACUUUAUUUUUUAUAGUGUAAUGAACUUUAAGUACCGUAUUUAAAAAAAAAAAAAAUUGAGAAAAUUAAUUUAAAAAUCACUGAUUAUAAACUUAAGUACUGAUGUCAUCUCAAUUAUUUAAAUUUUUUAAAAAUUAUUUUUAAGCAAAAAAACUUAAAAUUAUCACUGAUUACAUGUUUAGUAACUAUGGUCUUGUAAGCUAUAAAAAAUAAGUAUUACUUUUAAAUGUAUUUAUCCAAUGCUGCAAACUUUAAAGUAUUUAAAAUGAAAAUAAAUGAUACACAUUUCUGAAUAAUUGUUAUUGAAAAUUUCUUUCAGCUAUAGUAUGCAAAAAUUUAUAAAAUAUGUAUCACUUCUCCUCAGCAUGAGUUCACCUUUGAUGAGGUAUUUGAUGAAUCAUGCACUAAUGAAGAUGUUUACAUAAGAGCAGCAAGACCUCUUAUUAAUUGUGUUUUUAAUGGGUGAGUUGUUAUGUAUAACCUGUAUUAUUUUUUAGUCUGUCUACUUAUCUUACAAUUUAUGUAUUUAUUUCCUUGCAUCAUUAUAGUCCUUAGAUUCUUUGUCUUAUUUAUAAUGAAAAUUAGCUUGAUGCAAGAUUAUUUUUUUUUUUAUUAUAUGUUCAAUGUUUGUUUAUACCUGUUUUCAUUUUAAAAUGACAAUGUGAAUUUAUGAUAUACAAUAAUAUUGCGAAUUCAUUACAGGGGAACUGCAACUUGUUUUGCCUAUGGUCAAACAGGUGCUGGGAAAACUCAUACAAUGCUUGGAAGUGGAAAUAUUCCAGGUCUUUAUUUGUUGGCAGGUCAAGACAUCUUUUCUAUCAUUCAGUCAGGGAAAUAUGGGAGAAACCUUCAUGUUUGGGUUAGCUUUUUUGAGAUAUAUUGUGGGCAACUGUUUGAUUUGCUUAACCGAAGAAAUAGGUGAGUUAAUCUUGACUUUACUUUAUUCUCAUAAGUGUUUUUUUUAUAAAGGAUGUCUGGAAAGAGGGGUGUGGAGGUGUUAGUAGUUCAAAAGCCUACAAUUGCUGAAAUUAUGUUUAGCAUUUAAUUUUUAAUUGCAUGCGUCCUUUAUGGCUGAUCUUUUUGUGAAGUAAUUGUAAUCUGAAAUCACCAAGAAGUUAGUGAAAACUUCAUGGGGGAUACCACUCUAAAUAUUUGGUUCAACAACUUUGAACCUUACAUUUAAAAAAAAAUUAGCUUACAAAUGAUGUUUUUGAAAUUAUUUAGAUGUUUAAAUGUAAUGACUCUAUGCUCUUUAUAAUUGAUAUUAUACUUCCUGGCAUUUCACUCUGUAUAAUGAUUUAUGCGGACCUCAACAACUGGGUGUGUAAGUCACCUGUGGACAAGGGGGAGUAGGGUGCAAAAAAUCCCUUUUUUUUUGCAGACAUCGUUAUAGUUAAAAAAAAGAUUUAAUACUUGUCAGGGUUCAUCAAAUAAAAAGUUAUAAUCAUCAGAUAGUGUGUUGACCAGUUGUCUUUUUAGCAGACACAAAUUAGAUUUAUUAACAAGGUUUAUUUUGUUUAAAGCAAGGUUUAAAAGAAGAAAAAAUUGCCUUCUGUGAUCUUGUGACUGAAAUUAACAAAAAUCAUUUUAAAAAAUCACGCCACAAUUAUUUUUCUAAUUUACAAGGCUACAUGCCAGAGAAGAUGGCAGUCAUCAAGUUUGUAUAGCCGGCCUCACAGAAACAGAGGCAACAAGCGUAGCUUCUCUAGUUCAGGUAUUUUGAGCUAAUUCAACCCUAUCCCAUGUAACCAUAUCCCAUGUAACCUUAUCUCAUGUAACCCUAGCACAUGAAACCAGAAGCUUUUGGUCUCUUAUACUUAUAAUAAUGAAUUAUAUUUUGUUUCCAUUAAAUAUUUUAACUUUCAUUUGUGGAUGAGAUUUUAAAUAACUUUAAAAUCAUAAUUAUUAUAUUUUGAAAAAUCAGACCUUAGAAUAUGGCAACUCUGUGAGAAGUAAAGGAGCAACAGGUGUCAACCCGGAUUCCUCCAGAUCUCAUGCCAUUCUUCAACUUGAUAUAAGAGAUGGAGAUGAUAAUAAAAUGGGAAAGUCAGUCAUUAAUUUUACCAUAGUUCUAGCUAUUUCUAUUUUAUCUGUUCAGAAGCUUUUCUAAUAACUACAUAGGCUUCUUGUGUUUGGCCUUAAAGAUUUGUUGUGACUGUUACUGAUGUAAUUAUGUAACAUUGAGGGCAAUAUUUUAGAAGUGCAAUUAUUUAGUCAUAUCUGUUUUUGAGCGUGAUAACUCUUCAAGCUCUUUGAAUGUUCUGAAAACAGGAUAUCAUUCAUAGACUUGGCAGGCAGUGAAAGAGCUUCUGAUGUUACUGAUACAGACAAGCAGACGAGGAUGGAAGGCGCUGAGAUAAAUCAGAGUUUGUUAGCAGUAAGUCCCUCUAGCAAAGUAAUGUUUGUUUCUCUUAAUGACAGCAUAAGCAUUAAUCCUAUUUUAAAAAAGAUAAACCCAUUAGUUCAUCCAAUUUGAAAAGGGGGGAGGGGGGGGGAUACAAAAUAUAAUUCUAAUGAAAGGCACAAAAAGAUUUUGAACAAAAACUUGCAGUGAUUUUAAUUUUGAAAUUUUAUCAGAGCUCUUUUUGACAUUUGAUUUUUCUGCCACAUCUGGCCAAUGGGACAGUAGUUAUAAGAGCAGUUUAUAUUAGAGAACUCAUUGACAAAGUAUUGUCCCUAACAUAAAUAUGUAUGGCAUUUGAUAAUGUCUCCAUUAUUAAAUAACUAUCAGUUCAUACACAAUCAAUUUUUAUGGCUAAAAUUUUGUAUCCAAUUCAAUUUAAUAUUUCUUUAUUUUUUAAAAUAAUUCCUCAGCUUAAAGAAUGCAUCAGAUCUAUUGACCAGGAAAGCAGACACACACCAUUUCGCCAGAGCAAACUCACACAUAUUUUAAAAGAUUCAUUUGUGGGAAACUCUCGUACUUGCAUGAUUGCUAACAUUUCCCCUUCGCAGUCAGCAUGUGAAAAUACAAUCAAUACAUUGCGGUAUGCAGACAGGUAAACACAUGAGACUUUUUUAUUGGCCAGUAAACUUAUGUGGUAUAUUUAGCUUAUCUCAUCAUCCAGAAUUCCAAAUGGGAUAGUCACUUAGUUAUUAUAUAAUAAGGACUAGAUUCUAAGUAACCUUUAACUUGUAUUUCAGGGUCAAAGAACUUAAAAGAGAUUCUGUAAGGGGCAGCUCCGUAGGACAGACCAUGAAUCUUUUGAUGAACAUUCCACCGACUGCACCAUCAAUCUUCCACCCAUCAAACAUCUUGUCCAGUUCAACACCACAAAGGCCGUCAUCUCACUCACAACGAGAUAGGGUGGCAGUAUCACCCGACCUUGACCCCAGUGAAACCCCCAUACGAGGACACAACAUGUCAAAAAGGUCCAACACCAGAGAAUCUGUGAGGAGCAGGCACUCGCCAGGUCCAAGUACAAAGUCGCGACCAGAGCAAACGAGUCAUUUUCAAGCUGUCCCGCCUGGCAACACAUCAAGAUUCUCAGCCCAUGCCACUGCAGCCUCCCAAGGGACGUCUGCCCCGCCACCAGAUGCAUCUCCCAGUGAAUCAGAUCUCACAGACACUGAUUCUUGUAACGUUACUCAUCCAACAUACAACAAAGUCAACACUCGUCAGCUAUCUGUAGUCAAAUCAACUGAUACAGAAUUUGAUUUUCCCACGUCAGAUUUUAACAAUGGGAAUGAUUUCAAUGAUCUUAACCGUUCAGGAGUUCAAGAAAAACAAACUGAGAAAGUGGCAGCCGACGGUCAAGCCGUACCAGCAGCCGCAGCAGCAGCAGAAUCUGUUUUACCUAUGGUGACCACUUCAAGCAAGAGAGCUCCUGUUGUAAAAGCAAUUGUCUACAAAUCCACGGAUCCUGAUCUAGAACUUUCUCAUUCUGGCACAUCUGGGUCCACCCCUGCAGCAAAGAUUGAAAUUCAAAAACCUCUGCCUCCUGUUAUAAUGUCACCACAAAUUUCUGAUCAACCACCAAGUUUCAAAAAGGCAUUUAUGCAACAGUUGCUCAGCAGUGAUGAGAGUGUGGAUGAGGAAGAUUUGCUUGCUGAAGGCUCUGAAUCUACGUGUAGUUUAAUCUAUGCUCCAACAAAGCCAGCAUCUACAAUUUCCAAAGUGGGAUCAGACAAUGUUAUUAACCAACAUUUAAUGAUUCCAUUACCUGCUGAAAGCAGUGAACUCACAAAAUUUACACAAAGACCCAUGAGAGUUUCAGAUCUACCAAGUUCUGUAAUCAACAUUUUAUCACGAAAGACCAGCAGCCCCCAACACAAUGAAGAUGUCUCUGUUCAGAGAGAGACCAGCAAUCCUAACACACCUCCCACUUCCUUAAACAAUGAAAGCCAAUCAGGCAAAGUGAGGUCACCUACAAUGAAAAUGAGUACGCCCCAACCAGAGAGUCAUAACCUUGUCCAUGCACCUCCUCAACAACAGCAACCAACGGCAAGGCAACUACCAAGACCUAGAGGUAAAUCUCCAAGUUCUGAGCAGCCGGCUCCACCAUUCCCCAAUCAGCCUUCACCAAGAUCUCCUCAGCACCAACCCAACUUGAGUUCUAACGAAGAUUACCACCUAAGUCCCAAACUUAGGCAUCAUUCUGACUCUUUAGAAUUUAGAUAUCCAGCUAAAGUUUCUCAGUCUCCUACUGGAGAGGUCAGUGACGACUCGUCUACGGAAAGUCUCAGAGCUUCAUUAUCAGAUCAAGGUCAUGGUGGUUGCAGGCACAACAAAGAAAUUGGUUCAAACAUCAUGCGCAAGGAACGUAGUGACCCUAUGCUUGCCCUUGACUUGCAGCGAAAAAAACAAACUCUUCCCGACCCUCAGAAUUUCUCCAAGUAAGUAAAAAUAUGUUUAUAUUUUAUCUGGCACUAAUUGCAUUAUUGGCUGUUACUUCAUUUACCCCUGGUUGGGAAAUAAUGAGCAAAACGUUAAAUCCAAAAAAGACUUUAACAAAUGUGCACUAUGGUCAUUGUUAAUUAUACUUGAGUUGAUGAUUUUAUAGCUCUCUACAUUUAUAAAAUUUUCUUUGAAACAAAGAUGCUAAACGGGUUCAUUUAAUGUUAUUUUAAUUAUUUUAUUUGAUAGAAUGUUAACACGCAGCAAUAUUACGAAGGUGGGUCAUGGUCACAAAGAUGCAAGCUGGAAAGUUAUCAGGAAUGAGCUGCCUAUUGAAAACAAAUUGGCGGCCGGGGAUGGAAAUAUUGAACGGUUGAGCGAAGCUGCAGUUACGACUACAAAGGAAACUCAUUUAGAAGAGCAGAAUGUAUAUUUUAAUAAUAAAAUUGACCCGGCUUGGAAUAGUGUACACACCAGGACAGAAUCAGUUGCAAAUAACAGGCCAAGAGGCAAACACCUUCCCCAGGUUCCGGUCCCCAAGACAGAUAAUGAAAUGGCCAAGUAUAAUCAAGGGCCCCAUGUUCCACUGAAACUUAAGUAUGAACAUUUUAUAAAUAUUUGAAUAUAUAAUACCAUAUCGUCAUAAAUAUCAUACUAUAGUUUUUUUAAUUUAAAUGUAUGGAAAAGAGUACCACCUUUUUUAUUUUCUUCGCUGUUCAUUAAAUUUAAAGUAUUUCUUUUUCAAAGUGCCUGCCAUGAUUUACUGUUAUGUAAAUUUCAGCUCAGCUAUUGUAACUGAAAAAUUGUCAUCUGGUGCAGUAUUCUCCCCUAUACAUCCACAACCAGUGACAAAUAUAGGUACAACAAGAACAACUCAGUCUUCUCCUGUCUCGCCACUACCUCAACCCACACCAGUAUCAGCAACAAGUGAUUAUCAUGGCAGUACAACCCAACAGGAAGUCAAGUGAGUAAACAAGGAAUUUUAGGUGCUGUAAGGCAAUUGUAAUAGCCUAAUCUAGUGGUUUCCAAACAUUGUUCUAGCGCAGCCCCAAGGGCUCCGCAAGCACUUUUCAGAGACUCUGCUCCCACUCCAAGAAAUAAGAUAAAUUUAAUGAAUAAAUUAAAUUAAAAGUGUGGAAUUAAAGUAAGAACUGGAAGUUAUACUCUGAACUUGGAUGUUUUUCUCCUAUGUUGGAACCCUGAAGUAUUUUUGGUUCAAACACGUAACGUUAUUGAUUGAUUCAAGUGCACUGUUUUUAUACUGUUGCAGAGACUCCUGUUAAACUUUGUAAAAUUGAUAGUGUCAAGUUUUUGCUUGAUAAGAUAGUCUUCAAAAUUCAUUUGUCAGGUUAUUUGUACCAAAAGUGCACUGUAAAUGGAGGAAUUGACUGGCAUUAAGUUUGCUUAAAAUCUACCUCUGCAGACCACUAUCUACCGAAAUAAAAGAAAGUGAUAGAUUUAAUCUCAUGGAUGAAUUCUUCUCAUGAAAUGAAUUACCUGGGCAAAACUGUGCAGAUAUAUGUACUCAUGGUGAACCAAAUGAUCAGUCUCAAUGCUGGAGGCAUUGGCAAAAUUUAAGAAAAUGCAAGGAAAUGUAGCAGCAGCCAUUGCGUUCAUCCAGAAAAAUGCCUUCUGAUGGUAGUGUUGAAUAAUUCCAUCAAAAUAAUAAACUUUAUAACAUUGCAACAUCUUAUGGCAGGCUGCUCAAGCUAAUGUGUGAAGAUAUGGGAGGUCACCAUCAGUCACACCUGCUGCUCACUGAAGUAAGGUGGUUGUCCGAGGAAAAGCAUUGACACAUUUGAUGGAAGUUUAUGCAGAGGUUACAGCAUUUUUGAUGGACCAUAUCACUCUCGUGGUGAUGGUUUUAAAUGAUGGAGACUGUAUGUUUUCAUUGCUUUACUCACAGCAUAAUAUUCUGGCGUAUCUGGAAUAUAUGAAAGACUUGUUACAUUAUUUUACGAAAAGUCAAGAUAACAUGCUUGAUGGCUUUAAAUGGGUAGAGUAGGGUGAGCGUGGGCCUACUGAAUGUUGACAGAAAAAAAACCCUGCUAUACUCGGCUGAAUAUAAGGUCCUCAUCUCACAGCCAAAAAGAAAUUGCUUUUCAAAAGUCUAAAAGAGUUUUGGUUGCAUUUACAUGAUGAAUUUAAAAUUCUACUGCAUUUCUCAGUAAAGUGGUCUUCUCCUUCCUAUACAGCUACCAAAACAACAUCAAUUGAGCCUAACAUUGUGGGGGGCGGGGGGGGGGGAGUGUACAACCACAGGUUUUUUUAUUAACCAUUUAAUAAUGUUUUAGGUCAUAAUAUCUAUCCCCUCCACCCAUACCACUACUCCUAAACAUCAUUAAUUUGUAAGACAUAUUGUAACACAUGCUGUUUUAUUGGGAUUUCAGCAUGGUUAACUAUUUUACUUAUAUCUCGUGCUUCAGGAUGCCGGCUUGUGUAAUUUAAUACUUCUUAUAAUUCACUCUUUCACUCCUAAACUCUAUCAGUCUGUCACACAAGAAGUAGAUAUCAUGUUCCAGUUAAAUUCACAGUACUUUAUUAUAUCACUUUUCUACAACAAUAAUAAUAAUCCUUGCACAAAUAUCCAGGUAAUAGAAUCCAGGAUGCAAUUAUCUCACACAUGUAUAAAUAUAUAAUACUCCAUGGUAUGAUAGAAAAUUCACAUGACAGAAAAUCAACCACGUCUUCACUUCUCUUCAACAUGAGAGGAACUGGCCUGAUCACUCAAAAACGUGCGGCUCACUUCCGCUGUACAAAAACAUAAUUCACUCCCUUUUCCCGUGAAAAAUACACGUUAACAUAGUUCAAUAUUCAAAUUAUGCCACCUCCCUGACUCAAUGAUUUCGUGUGCAAACAUGAUCUGUUACACAUAUCAUAGGCAUCAAGGCGCCGCGCCAUCACCCCCCCCUCCCCCCCACCAACAGUUUAUUCUAAAAAGAGCUCAGCAAGUCAAAAUAUUUGGGAACCACUGGCUUAAUGAAUUAUAUUGGAAUAACAUUUUUAAAAAACUAUAAAUUCUUAAAAUGAUAUAUGUAUGAAAUGCAUAUGAAAAUCAUUUCUUUAAAAUUAAAAAUAAAUUAUAUAUGAGGAGUCCCAUUAACUUUUUUAAAAGGACUUUUUGAUGAGCUUAAUUAACUUAUAAUAAACUUGUAACCCAAAUUUGUUGUUUAGAUAUGCAUUUUUAACAAGACAAGAAUAUUUGUCAAUGUUCAAUAAGAUUUUGAAAAAUUAAAUUUUGUAAUAAAGAGAAUUUGUGCAAUUUCUUUUAUUUUUGUUAUUUGUGGUCAUAAUCUUUGAAACAGGAGAUGGAGCUAACUUUAAGUUACUACAUAUAUUUGAUUUUUACUACAUUAAAUUCUUAUCUUUAAUUAUUGAAAUUUCAUUUCCACAAAAUUUUGAAUCAACUUUAUUUUUGAAAUAUUUAGGAAUGUGCCUUUAAAUUUAUUAUAUUAAACAAUGAACACUACAAAGUAUGAACACAUGUGCAACAUCAGGUCAAUAAAUUCAUGUAGCUUGAACUUGAACAUAAAUUGUUUUGUCCAUCACACCUUGAAGAAAUGAUAAUUCAUUAAAAAAGGAAUCAACAUAAAACUAACACCAUCUCAAAACAAGAUCUUAUAAUUUAAUUGAUAAUAAUCUAAACUGAUAUUGGUACAGAAAGUCUUUAUAUGAUUCGUAAAGCAUUUGGCAUGAUGCAGAUCAGACUUUGAGAAACAAGUAAUAAAAAAAAAAGAAUUUAUUUUAUUUACCAUUCAUUAUUUAACAAUUAUUUUAUUUAUAGUAUAGAUCAGGAUAGAAGUAGAUUUGUUUAAAUGUCUUUUUACCUUGUUUUAACCUAGGAUGCAGCUGAUUUCUGCCCAUGAAGACCAACUAGCCACUGUCACAUCUUUAUGUAAAUACGAAAUGCGCUUGCUGCUCAAUGCUAAGAAAGUUUCAGGCAAACGGGUAAAUUAAAAAAGUUUAAUUGCUAAAUUUUACAAGCUUCUUAGUUUUUUUGUUUUGACUGAAUAAUGGUUUUGUUAUAUUUUAUGUUUUCUCCAAUAUAAUUGUUUGGGUAUAUUCUAACUGUUCAUUUAUUAAAAUUAGCUUUAUUUCAAACAAAAAUACUUAGGCCUACUACCUUUUUUUUUUUGAAUAUUUUUUCAAGUUUAUAAAUAAGUUUAUUUAACCUUGUAUAAACCUAAUUUGAAUAAGCUCUACUUAAAAGAAAAUACUAAGUAAAAUUAAUUAAAUUUUAAGAACUUUAAGUUUUUCAAUAAAUCCCCUUUCUGCAGGGCUUUGAGGACUAUCUUCGUCGCGUGAGUGACAUCUUGCAACAAAAAAUGGCAGCCAUUGCCUCACUGCACGAACAACUUUCAGCAUAUAGUGGAAAUGGUAGCCAAGGUUCUUCAGUUGCUUCAUCUGUAAGCACUACUUCUGUUUCACUGUCUCAAACUAAUGUUAGUGCAGCUUCAUCAAUCAACCCUGGUGCAGUGACUCCAGAUGAUGGCUCAAAGUAGGCAGAGAUUUAUAGAAAAUGGCUUUUCAGGACUGGAAACAUCCUAAAUUGGGGCAUUACAAACAUAUCUUUCUCAGAUGAGCAAUGGGACCAAAACCACAAAAAUUCUUCAUCAAUCAGAGGCUAAUUUAUGAAGUUCCCAUUGCAAAAUUUAAAUUAGUUAAAAGCAGCAAUGGGAGAUCAACAAAGCAGAUGUGUAAAUAUCUUCUGUAUGUUAAUGUUUAUCUAAUCUGCUUUGGGGUAUGCACUAGUAUCUUCUGUAUGUUAAUGUUUAUCUAAUCUGCUUUGGGGUAUGCACUAGUUUCUCUUUGUGGUAAGGUGGGGGACCUCAUUCAAAGAAAACUCAUCUUUAGUUAAUGUAAGCAAGACAACUAUAAUUUAGUAAGUUGAUGUUUGGAGAUUAACAGAUUUCCAACAGUAUUAAUGAGAAAAUGUAAAAAAAUGUUGAUAUCUUCUACUUCUUUUGCUCAUGUCAAAACUGUGAUAUAAUUUUGUGACAUCAUUUAACAGCUACAGUUAAUAUAUUUACUAUACAUAUCACUCAAGAAAAUCAAAGUUGGUCAGUGCUAUGGAGUUGUUCAUAAG